GUUUCCAAAUCUGGGCUGGUAACAAUUGCAGGAGGAAAAUGGACCACUUACAGGCAUAUGGCCGAGGAGGCUGUGGAUGCUUGCGUGAAGGCACAUCACUUGAAGCCAUCGAAUAAAUGUAUCACUGCUGGUUUGAUGUUAGAAGGUGGAAAUGACUACGAUCCCCUAAUGCAUAUCCACUUAAUUCAGGAUUACGGCCUUAACUCAGAUGUUGUCCGUAUAAUGGGUAAAGAGCUCAAUUGGUCUGAAGAACAGCAAAAAUCGCAAUUAGAGCAAGCACGUCAUUUCCUGGACACACAAAUGGGUCAUCCUAUAGCACGUAGUUCUAGUUCCAAUGAUAAAUCGUCCACACCCUCAAAGUCAGCUCACCAUGCAGCUAUGAAGAGUUCAGAAGGCAAAAUCAUGUGUCCGUUCAGCAAACAAACGUCUAGUGAAAAAUCAUCGAAAGAAGAAAAGAAGAAAUGA